AUGCCAACCGUCAUCUUCCCACCACCCGACCUCCGCUUCCCCGCCACCCCAUCUCCCCUGCUCGCCGACCGAUCUCCCGUGCAACCCGCCCGAGUUCCCGUUCCCGCGGCCCGAUCUCCCAUUUCUGCCGCCCAAUAUCCCCUUCUCGCCUCCUCUCGCCUCCCCGCGCGUGCUCCUCUCGCCUCUCAGCGCGUGCUCCUCUCCCCUCCCAGCGCGUGCUCCUCUCCCCUCCGCGUGCGUGCUCCUCUCCCCUCCGCGUGCGUGCUCCUCUCGCCUCCCCGCGCGUGCUCCUCUCCCCUCCCCGUGCGUGCUCCUCUCGUCUCUCCGCGCGUGCUCCUCUCCCCUCCCCGCGCGUGCUCCUCUCCCCUCCGCGUGCGUGCUCCUCUCCCCUCCGCGUGCGUGCUCCUCUCCCCUCCGCGUGCGUGCUCCUCUCGCCUCCCCGCGCGUGCUCCUCUCCCCUCCCCGUGCGUGCUCCUCUCGCCUCCUCGCGCGGCAUCCCCCCUGCACGCCCUCAUUUCCCCCCCUGCACGCCCUCAUUUCCCCCCCUGCAGGCUCUCAUUACCCCCCUUUUAUGCACCCGUUUCCCCUCUGCUCACUCUCUUUCACCCCUCACUCACGCGUUUUCCCCUCUGCUCACUCUCUUUCCCCCACACUCACCCUUUCUCCCCUCUGCCCACUCUGCCCGUCUGCCCUCUCACACUCUUCCUGCCAUUCUCACUCUCGCAAUCCUCACCGCCGUCCCUUCCUUCCUGUAACCAAUCUCCCCUCCCCCCUUUUCCCUUCCUUCCCUCCACUUCCUCCCCUUCCCUUCUUUCUCUCCCCAUCAUUCCCUCCCCUUCCUCCCCUCCCCUUCAUCCCCAUCCCUGCCCUUUCCUCCCUGCCCUUCCCUUCUCGACCCCGCCCUUCUACGUCACUCCUCGCCUUCUGCCCUCCAGUUCAUGUGCAUGUGCUGCCAUCACUUUUGCCCCAUACAUGCAUCUUAUUAACUCAUGUUUACUCGCUUGUAUUCCCUUUUCACCCUCCGUCCCUUCAAAUCUCCCCUCACUUACUACCCAUCUCCCUGCCUUUCCAUCACACCUCCCUGCCUUCUCAUGGAUUGGAGGCACCAUUGCGACACCAGGUGUCAUACAACCUGAAAAAUCAUACGCAAAGCUACAAGCUACAAGCCAGUAUAGGAACAUGCCAGUAUUAGGGACAUGCCUCUAUCUAUCCUUCUGA